UUUGACAUAUUUUGCGUUAUACAACGAUUCCCAAUCGACGCUUCCCAGUUUAAAGAAAGGUGGAAAGAAAAGUUGUUUGGCGGGAUUGGUAUUCGGUAGAAACAGAAAUGGCGAACAUCGCACGUGGUGUUGAUCCUUCAUCUGCUCUAGGAGCUGCAAGUUUGUUAACUAGACCAGCCUCUGAGUUUGGAAAUGAUCCAACGGUGGAAUCACUUUGGGCUAUCAAGGCAGUGGAACACAUGGAAGUAUACUUCAACAUUCUCAAAUCGGUUGAUACGAGAUUUCUCAAGCUGACACCGCAUGACGACAAACUGUAUUCUGACUUCCGAGCGCAGUUUCCGAACUUAAACGUCAAGCUUCUGGUUGAAGAAGACCUGAAGAGCGAACAGUCGAAAAAGGAAUGGCGCGAGUUCUGUAUGAGUUACCAGGAGGUCGUCGAAGACUUCAAUUUCGGAACUAUGUUGAGGUUGGACUGCGCGUUGGACUAUGCUGAGGAGAACUCCGUCGUUGUACCCCGCGUUCAGUUCUACGCUAUUGAAAUAGCCAGAAACCGCGAAGGCCACAACGGUGUUAUAAGAGAACGUUAUGCCAAGGGAACCGCCAAAGAAUAG